CUGAGGAAGCUGAUGUGUUAUUCCUUCCCUGCAUCGAAGGAUCAGGAAGUUUGUGCUCUCUGCGUGGCUGAGAAGUUUUUCUACCUACUAGGAGGGGGGGGAAGAAGGGGAACAGGUGUCCCCCUAAAAUAGAGCGCAAGCUGCAGCCUGCGUCGGGCCGUAACCCAGGAGUAACGUCAGUUACAACGUUAAAGACAUUGUGCUAGUUGCUAUGGAGACUAUAAAAACCCAAGAAGACAAUAUCCCUGCCCUCAAGAAGUUUACAGUUGAGAGACAGCCAUACCAAAAGAAAGACUAUAAUAAAUACUGUAAAGGAUAAACAAGGGAGAAUGACGACCCUAACUCAUCGGGCCCGUCGCACCGAAGUAGGCAAGAACUCCGAAAAGAAGGUGGAAAGUGAGGAAGACACUCAUCAAGACAAGAGUCCAGACAAUGACUCUGGUGACUCUAAAGAUAUUCGCCUCACCCUUAUGGAAGAAGUAUUGCUCCUGGGACUAAAAGAUAAAGAGGGUUACACAUCUUUCUGGAAUGACUGCAUAUCAUCUGGCCUGCGAGGGGGCAUCCUGAUAGAGCUGGCCAUGCGGGGUCGAAUCUAUCUGGAACCCCCCACCAUGCGUAAGAAGCGACUACUGGACAGAAAGGUAUUGCUGAAGUCAGAUAGCCCAACAGGGGAUGUGUUACUGGACGAAACUCUCAAACACAUCAAAGCAACUGAACCCACAGAAACCGUCCAGACAUGGAUAGAGCUACUCACAGGCGAGACCUGGAACCCCUUCAAAUUACAGUACCAACUGAGAAAUGUCCGAGAGCGAAUUGCAAAGAACCUAGUUGAGAAGGGUAUUCUAACCACAGAGAAGCAGAAUUUCCUCCUGUUUGACAUGACCACUCAUCCAGUGACCAACACAACAGAGAAACAGCGACUGGUGAAAAAGCUUCAGGACAGCGUCCUGGAGCGGUGGGUGAAUGACCCCCAGCGUAUGGACAAACGAACACUAGCGCUCCUGGUGCUGGCCCACUCCUCUGACGUGCUGGAGAAUGUCUUCUCCUCUCUGACAGAUGACAGGUAUGAUGUGGCAAUGAAUCGAGCCAAGGACUUAGUUGAACUGGACCCCGAAGUGGAGGGGACAAAGCACAGUGCCACAGAGAUGAUCUGGGCUGUGCUGGCAGCCUUCAAUAAAUCCUAAAGCCAGUGGGCCGGUGUCGCCUUCUUCCCCUGCUGGCUAGUGACUGUCAGAGGCACCACGUGGAGUUUUGUGUGUCGAGAUGUCUUUCAUCGUUGUUUUUUUUCCUUCUCUUGAAUCAGACUUGUGAUUUGGGGAGAGCAACUUCAGGGCUUCUCCAUAAACCUUGGCCAUUGUGAGCAUACUUUAUUUCCCCCUAUAUUUCCACUGCAGAGGUGAAUAAACUAGGUGAAUCCACGCA